CAAAAUAAUUAAAAAGAAAGGAAGACUUAAAAAAAAGGGAGUCUUUUGUUUAUAUAUCCUUGUAAUUAAGUCAUAGCCUCAUCAGCAUUCAGCCAUCUUACGGAGAACCUUAACAUUCAACUUCUGCAUCAUCUGUUGUGAGCUUCAUCAUCCAUCACAAUGAGUACUGAUAGGCAUGGGCCAUAUGGUUGUAACAAUUCACCAAAUUGGAGAUUAGUGCUUGAGAGUACAGAUAUUAUUAAGGAAGUGAUCAUUUACCAUGGAUACAUUGUGGACGCAAUCGGGUUCGUCGUAGCUGAUAAUCAUGGGAGAACUACCACUCAAGUUUUUGGUGGCAAUGGUGGAAACCAUUCCAAGAUUACAUUGAGGUCUGGAGAAUACAUAACACAAGUUUCCGGGAAUUAUGGGAUAUAUUCUUACACUAACAGCUAUGUUAUCGGAUCGUUAACCAUACGCACUAACUUAGGUGCAUAUGGGCCAUAUGGUUUGACAAAAGCUAUGCUGUCUGCUACAUCCUUUUCGUCGCCAGUUAUAUUACACUUUCCAAUAGUAGAAUUCUUUGGAAGACAGGACGGCGUCUAUCUCCAAUCUAUUGGAUUUUCUGUAAGAAAGGGGCCUAGUCUGGAAGAAAAGAAGGCAAGAGAAAGGGCAGAAGAAAAAAAGAAACAAGAGGAAGAAAAGAAGGCAAGAGAAAAGGCAGAACAAGAGGAAGAAAAGAAGGCAAGAGAAAAAGCAGAAGAAAAAAAGAGACAAGAGGAAGAAAAGAGGGCAAGAGAAAAGGCAGAAGAAAAAAAGAAACAAGAGGAAGAAAAGAAGGCAAGAGAAAUAGCAGAAGAAAAAAAGAAACAAGAGGAAGAAAAGAAGGCAAGAGAAAAGGCAGAGGAAAAAAAGAAACAAGAGGAAGAAAAGAAGGCAAGAGAAAAGGCAGAGGAAAAAAAGAAACAAGAGGAAGAAAAGAAGGCAAGAGAAAAGGUAGAAGAAAAAAAGAAACAAGAGGAAAAAAAGAAGGGAGAUCCGAUGGAAGAGAGGAGCGAUAACAAAAGAGGUAGCAUUGCAUUUUUUGCAACCUAUCGGCCACCAGUUGCACUUGACAUAUACUCAGCGCCUGAUCAACCAAAAUCUCGCCACGACGAAGUGCUAAUGACCGACGGAAUGGCCUACAACUACAACGGUCAAGUCAUACCACCACUGGCACUCAAGACUAUGCUAAAGCGUCCACUGAUGGCUUCCCAUGGCACUGAGGACGAUGUCGAUUCUGGUCGACUAUCGGGCCUUAUCUUCGUGUCGGAACGAACCAACAGCCUCGAGACGCUUCACAUAGCUCUUCUCUUCCAAGAUCAGCCACCCAAAGUGUUUAACUUUGCUGAAGUUUACGAUACUUUUAAGGGUGUUCGCAUGGAAGAUAGUGGUUGUAUUGCUGGUAACUAUCUUAUCUAUGUCUCUACUAUGGAGCCUGCCUCCGAGCCUCACCAGCCUUGGACUGCUGUUUAUAAAACCAAUCUCACAACAGCAAUAACUGAACGGCUCACCCUAAAAGGGCAAGCAGAUUUGAGUCCAUCAGUAUCACCAGACGGAAAGAGGAUAGCAGUUGCAUCAUUCCAAAGAAAGGCAGGUUGGGAUGGUGAAAUUGAGGAUCUAAAGACUAGCAUCUUUGUUAUGAACGUCGAUCGACCCUUAAACCGUCAAUUAGUUGUCGUUGAUGGUGGUUGGCCAACUUGGGGAAGUGACAAUGUCCUAUUUUUCCAUCGCAACAUUGAGAAGGUAAAAAUAGAGAAACGUUGGGGGGUGUUUCGAGUCGACUUACGUGUGGGUUCGACAUCGAUUACUCGUGUUACCCCGGAAGAGAUCAGUGCUAUGACUCCGGCAGCAAUCGACGAGACUAGAGUGGUUGUUGCCACACUUCGUCGAAGAUUCACAUUUGAUGAGCAAGAUGAACGUGAAGAAGACCAGUAUCGACACAUUGAGAUUUUUGAUAUGAACAAACCACUUGAUCAAUCCACAAAAAUCACUCAAAUAACCAGGUCAAUGGCUGACCACUUCAAUCCUUUUGUGAUAGAUGACAACAAGGGUGGGAAGCGUAUUGGUUAUCAUCGUUGCAACAGUGAUAAAGUUAACGCGUAUAAUGUUGUUGAGAAAGAUUUCUACAAGCUACAAUCUCCAAAUCCAGAUAUAGGAGUAAUCAGGGUUUCAGGAGUCUUUCCAUCAAUUUCAAAAUGUGGCACGAAGCUUGCAUUCGUUGAUAAUGAGUUCAAGGCUGUUUGGGUAGCCGACGACAAGGGGUUACAUAUGGUUUACAAGAGAAACGACUCAAACAGUAUUUUUUCGCCCGUGUGGAGCAAUGGACAAGACAUACUCUAUGUAUGUGUCGGACCUUCUUUCAACUUAAAGGCAACAGUUCAAAUAUUGGCUAUUGUCAAUGUCUCUGCCGAGAAAAGAGAUUUCAAAUGGCUGACAGCAAAGGGUUUCAAUAGUGCUUUUCCAUCUACCAAUGCAGACGGGACGAGGCUAGUUUAUCGAUCUACAAAGGACGGGCCGAAAAAUCUAUACAUAAUGGAGAAUGCACUACUAGGGGAAUUCGAGGGUGCCAAAGUAACAAGACUAACCGAAGGUAAUUGGACAGACACACAUUGCCAAUGGUCUCCUAAGCAAGAUUGGAUAGUAUUCGCAUCGAAUCGUUCUAAUCCCACGGCAAAAACACCUCAAGAUCUACCUGAUCCAGGAUUCUUUGGAGUGUACUUAGUGAAGGCAAAUGAUAAAACUGUGGUGGUGAAAGUGAUGGACAGUGGAUAUACUUAUCUAGGAGAUUUAUUUCCGGGACAUGUAAACCAUCCAUUUUUUAGCCCGGACGGAGAGAGUCUUGUUGUGGCAGCAGAUCUUGCUGCUGUGUCGUGUGAUCCGGUGUCGAUGCCUCUGUUCGUGCACUCGGUUAGACCUUAUGGAGAUAUCUUUAUCCUUGAUAUCAAUCGUGAUGACAUAUAUAAGAAUGAAAAUCUAAAGAAGUUCACUCGUGUUACACAUAGUAAGUAUGAGAAUUCUACUGCUACUUGGACAAUGACUUCGACUAAGGACUUGCAUGCAAAAUGGAAUGUACGAAUUGCCGGUAAUGAUGAUGCCAAGAGAUACAGACCUGAAUGCCCAUAUGUGCAUAAAGGUGGAGCUGAAAGCUUUCACAUGACUGGCCAUUUAUGCAUUCCAGAUAAACGAUGUUGCUAGAGAGAACUCUGAUUCCCUAUGAUUUGAUGCGUUUAAAUUCCAAUAAAUGGUUGUUGUCUUGUAGGUGCUGAUUGUUCUGUUGCAAAUUUAAUUAGCAUUGUGGAUUGGCAAAAUAAUUUACUUUGGUGUUGGUUUUUUUUAAUUGGUCUAGUUAAAUAAAGCGCUUUUUUCUCUUGGACUA